ACGAAAACUCAUCAGCCGAGCUUCCUCGGCUGCCACGACACUCGACACGACAGACAGAAACACAGAGAGGAAGAGAAAGAAAGAGAGAGAAAGGGAGAGAAAGAAAAAAGGAGAGAAAGGCAGAGAGAGGGAAAGAAAGACAGAGAGAGAGAGAGAGAGAGAGAAAGAGAAAUAUUUUUCGAAUAUAUUCCAAGCAUUCGGAAUAUUUCGCCGACUAGGGAUUAACAUUUCGAGAUUAAUCCGCCGUACUGCCUUCUCAGGAUGUUGCAGCAGAUCCUUCCACUCGUCCUAGUGCUCUUGGCUGCGCAGGGCUCUCUAACCCAGAAGCAACAGCAGGAGGAUCCUUGCCAGACGAAGUCGCGAGUGGUAGGUGACAUCGACUAUUGCGAUCGUUACUGGGAAUGCGUGAACGGUCGUCCUGAGCUCUUCGAUUGUCCGAACGGUCUCGUGUUUGCCGGUAAACAUCGUGGCGUCACCGAAGGUUGCGAUUAUCCUUGGAGAGCGAACUACUGCGACGGUAAACGCCAGGCGAACCCGCCGAUUCAGACCGAUCAUUGCGACUGGCUCUACGGUAUCUUCGGUCAUGAGACUUCCUGCACCAGGUACUGGACUUGUUGGAACGGCACUGCCACCGAGCAAUUGUGCAUAGGCGGCUUGCUCUACAACGAGCGGGCGAGGUCCUGCGACUGGCCUGAAAACGUCGAAGGAUGCCAGAAGCAUCCCCUCUGCAACGACGACGCUAACGGCAACGUACCUCUCGGCAAGUCGUGCAACCGAUAUUGGCAAUGUCAGGGCGGCUAUCCGCGCCUGCAACGCUGCCCGGCCAUGCUGGUGUUCGACAGGAGGUCCCUGAGGUGCGUUGUACCACCGACGGAGGACUGCGACGUCCCGACGACACCGCCGCCAACUGAGGGCGAGUUGCCCGAUGGUCGCAACGAGCAGGAACCCGAAGAGGAGAACUUGCCACCUGGUGUGCCGCCUUUGCCGGCAGGCGCGCUGCCGAUUCCCCUGCGCGCGCGCCCUAGGAAUUAGGAGUCUCGUCGGAAGGACGAAGGAAGCGACACGUUGUCUCUUCAGCGAGUGAAGUCCUGCGGUACCGAGCUCGUCGAUCGUCGUAACGAUCGGUUCGCAGAAUUCCAGAGGUUCUCUCGUCGGGUCUCACCCGAUUCCCCAUGAUCCUGUAGAUUCGGAACCCUCGUAGUUCCCGAAGAAUUGAGUUCGUUGAGAUUCUAAAUCCUGAUGUUCCUGAAUACUUGAAAUUGUCCUGAAUUAUCUGAAGUGUCAAUUGGUCUAUUUUUUUUUAGCUGCACUAGUUCAGCAAUGCAGCUAAGAAGAACAGAUCAAAAGUCUCAUUGAUAAUUCUCCGAGAUUGUCCAGAAAACUUAUAAAGGGCUUCCUCGUUACUUUCAUUUUGGAACUUUUAGCGACGUAAUUGUCGAAAAUUCUUAAAAAAUAUACAAAACACUCUAGAUAUCUUAUUAAUAUCUUAUUAACUAGAAAAGCCGGAAUAAAAUUAAAAAUAAAAGAUACAGGUCAGUUAAAAAGUUUUGGGACGGAUAAAAGAUAUUGAGGCUAAAAAGCACAAAUUGUCAAAAGAUGGAAAGAAACGAUGAAAUGUGCAAAAUUAUUAAUGGAAAAGACACAAAACGGAAUGAAAGCAAGGAACUGUAAAGACUAAAAUGCUAAAAGCGGUUGUUUAGUGAGGAAUUUCCAGUCCUAAGGACUGAGACUCGUCGACACACCGACCGAUCGAGCUCUCCUCCCUCCCCCGCGAAUAGAGACUCGUAUUAUCGAUUAAUAAUAAUAUUAAUUAUAAACAUCUCGUUAUUCGGUUUUAAGACCGUCUACUAAUUUGCCUUUAUCACCUCGGUCGAGAUGUAAAUAUUUUUCCCAAUCCUUUCACUCCUUUUCCCUCCUAUCCUACCAUUUCCUCCUCCUCAUCGUUCUUAAUCGUAAGAUAUAUACGUAGAUCGCGAUCGAAAAAUUGUACGUUGUAUAUUUUUUUAUACGCGUGUCCAGAUUUUAUUCGAUGUUGCCUGGCUGUACAUUGUUACACUCUAUUUAUCAUAAAUAUACAUUUUAUAUAUGUAUUACAUAUAUAUCGUAUUAUAAAUACACUA